AUGGCCCAACAGGAGAAUGACAAUGUGAUGCGACGGAAACUCGUCAUCAUCGGAGAUGGCGCGUGUGGAAAAACUAGUCUGCUCAGCGUCUUUACCCUUGGCUACUUUCCAACCGUGCCCACGGUAUUCGAAAACUACGUGACAGAUUGCCGAGUCGACGGACGAUCAGUACAAUUGGCCCUGUGGGAUACAGCGGGACAAGAAGACUACGAGCGAUUGCGGCCACUCGCCUACUCGAAAGCACAUGUGAUUCUGAUUGGAUUUGCCUUGGACACGCCAGACUCACUGGAGAACGUGAAACACAAGUGGAUCGAAGAAGCAAACGAGCGAUGUCCCGGAGUGCCGAUCAUUCUGGUUGGGCUGAAGAAGGAUCUGCGCGAAGACCCGCUCGCGAUCGAGGAGAUGCGCAAGAAAUCUCUCAAGUUCGUGACGGCGAAAGAAGGCAACGAGACUGGCGCCGAGAUCGGAGUUCGCAAGUACCUCGAGUGCUCGUCCUUGACGGGUGAAGGUGUCGACGACGUGUUCGAGGCAGCCACCCGCGCAGCCCUGCUCACCUUCGAGAAACGAAAAACCUCGUGCUGCAUCGUGCUAUAA